GUCAGUUAAUAAUCGUUGGAUAACUUCGAUGGUCGUCAAAAUAUCAUGGAUAAUUUAUAAUUACAAAAGCUAAGUAUAAAAGGAAUGCGUUAGAAUUAGGAAUACGAAGGUCGAUGGUUAGUUAGAAGGUUCUUUUUAAGAGGAUUGCGUAAAAUGACAAGGAACUCAUCGUUUUUCAAAUAAAAACAUUCUUGCGAAGUCACCAGUCGAGUUCAAUGUCAUUCUUGGUAAGGUGCGACGUGGUGAAGAAAACCGGAAAGAUGAGAAUGAAAGAUAAAUUUGUAUUUUAUACGAGAAACACGAAUAUUCACAUAUGUAACGUCAGUAGUGGUUACUUUGAAAGAAAACUAUUGGUAGAAUGAUCUUAAAUAUUUCACUUUGUAGUCAAGAUAUUGUGAUGGAAGGGGGAUCUUCCUUGAUCUUAUGCUAUAAAAACUCUGGAAACUCGAUCUAAGAAAGGAUGAAGCUCCAUUACUUAUUGGCAUUAAUUACAUUUCUGACGGUGGCUUAUGCAGAGUCAGACACCACACAAAAUUUAUCGGAUUUAUCAUUGGAAUCAAACGAGGAAAAUAAAAUACGAGACAAGAGGACUUUACUUUUAGGAAAAGCUGCCCUAAUUGGGGGUGGUGCUCUUUUUGCUAAAAAAGCCCUUUUAGUUGGAGGUGGUAUCCUAGGUGCUAAAGCAUUACUUGGGGCUGGUUUAUACAAAUCUAGUUUGGGACGUGGUUAUGGCUAUGGUGGACAUGGCGGGGGAUAUGGUUACGGAGGUGGAUUUGGUUAUGGUGGUGGAUUUGGUUACGGUGGUGGAUUUGGUUACGGUGGUGGAUAUGGUGGUGGAUAUGGUGGUGGAUAUGGUGGUGGAUAUGGACAUGGAUAUGAAUACCCAACUGUAAGCCAUUAUUAUGCUCAACCAUCUUAUGUGAAAUAUCAUUCUCAUGGUUAUUGGCGAUAAUUUUGAUAUACCUUAGAAUGCAGUAUUGAAACAAAAAGAUAAAUUGAAAAUCUUAUCCUUUUAUUCGAAUUUUGAAAUAAAAGUAUACGAAUAAGUAUUAGUGCUUCGUUUCACGUUAGAGACGUACACAAAUUUUAUAUAAUUAAUAAUAUUAAUAAUAUUCUUUAAUAUGUACUUUAAUAAUUAGAAAAAUAGCGUGUGAUCAAAAAACAUGCUAGUAUAAAA